AUGGAUAUUCAUCGAAAACAUCUUUCGCAACUGAAUCCAAGAUUCCAACAACAACAGCAGAAACGAACAGUCAUAACCCUUUCUCAACCCAUUCAACAGCCUUUUGUACGACCGACUAUUCUUCCCUCGGCACCGCGUCCUCAACCUCGACAACAAACACGCUCAAAACCAAAUCAAGAACGAGCGAACACAGCUUAUAUCAAACAUCCAGACAUCUCAUCUGCGCAAUCCAAUCCUCCGUAUAUAACUCUAGCGAAUCUUACCAAAAUCUUACAUGUGCUUCAAACAAAUACGAAAAUAAGUGAUAGCGAAGCAUCCAUUGAUACAAAUACAUCGGCUACAACUACUUCAAAACAACGCGUUCAACAACAUUUACAAGAAACAGCAGCACGAUGGUGGAAAUCAAUUCGAUCAUCUGAUGGGCAAUCCACGAUUGUCACAUCAUCUGCAAUACCUCGAUCUGAUAUACGCCACCAAGACUCGCGUAAUCCAGCACCACCACCAUCAUCAUCAUCUAUAGCGACUGGCAAUUCGAAACGACCAUUGGUUAUACUUUCUACUACUGUCAAUAGAAAUCCUAGUAGAUCGGAUGAUUCGGAAUCAUCUACUGAAAUUCAAUCAAUGACUGAAGUCACAAAAAUGAUUCAACCAUCGCAUGUAUCGAGUAAAAACCUUUGCAUAAGUUGCUUUAAUAUGUCGGUAUCGAACGAUCUUGGGCUAUGGUACAAAAGUAUUCCGCCAAUAACUCGUAUUUGGUUCACAGCAGCUACAGCCGUGCCUUUGUCAGUGCGAAUGGGACUUUUGAACGAAAUGAACAUGCUGCUUUUUAUUAAUCCUACUAUUUAUCAUUUUCAAAUUUGGCGAUUACUCACAUGUGUACUUUACUAUCGUGUGGGUUUCAAUUAUUUGGUUAAUCUCUUUUUUAUUUAUCAAUAUAGCGCACGACUUGAAUCAAGCACUUUCAGUGGUAAACCUGCGGAUUACAUCUUCUGUCUGUUUUUUCUCUGGAUAUGCAAUGUUCUCGUUGGUAGUUUACUGUCUAUUUUUAUUCUGACCGAUGCAUUGAUUCUGAGUGUUAUUUACAUCUGGUGCCAAUUGAACAAAGAAACAGUGAUGUCAUUUUGGUUUGGAAUGCAGUUUAAAGCGAUGUAUAUGCCAUGGGUAAUCUUAUUAUUCAAUUGGAUUGUUCGCGGAUCAUUUUUAGUCGAAUUAUGCGGAAUUGUCGUUGGUCAUUUAUACUUUUUUCUGGCUUUUAAAUAUCCGCAAGAUUUCGGUGGUGCACGACUUCUUCAAACACCUAGUUUUCUAUAUCGUUACUUUCCUAACGAACGAUCUGGUGUCAGUGGUUUUGGCACGGCUCCUAUUCCACGUCGUCAAGCAGACGCGGACAACAAUGAUGCGAACCGAGGCCGACAAAUCUUUGGAGGACGUGGUCACGUUCUCGGCGGCAACUAA